AUGACAGCAGAGAGUCACCAGUCCCCUACCCGAGCCACUGGGGCUGGCACUAACCUACAACAGGCCAAUAAUUUUACAAUACCAGUUGUGAAGGUGGAGAGAGAGCCAGCUCCUGAGGCAAGCGUGACCACUGAACAGAGCGAAACAGAGGAGACUCCAAAGGGAAGGAGAAGGAAAAGACCCCUGCAGAGAGGCAAACCACCCUACAGCUAUAUAGCCCUCAUAGCCAUGGCUAUUGCCCAUUCUUCUGAGAGAAAGCUGACCCUUGGAGGCAUAUACAAAUUCAUCACGGAGAGGUUCCCUUUCUACCGAGAUAACUCCAAGAAGUGGCAGAACUCCAUCAGACACAACCUUACGCUGAAUGACUGUUUCAUAAAAAUCCCUAGGGAGCCAGGCAGACCUGGGAAAGGCAACUACUGGGCUCUGGACCCCAAUGCUGAAGACAUGUUUGACAGUGGAAGCUUCCUAAGAAGAAGGAAGAGGUUCAAAAGAACGGACGUAACCACGUAUCCAGCUUACAUACAUGACACCAGUAUGUUCCCAUCUAUACAAGUCUCCAGACCAUCUUAUCCAAACUCUGUGUAUUCCAACAUGACCAUGAGCCCGACCUAUACCCAGCAGAUAGCUCCCCAUACGUCCGUCUAUUAUCCCUCUUCAUCUCCUGCCUUCAGUUCUGGCCAGUCCAGAGUGUUCAGCAUUAAUACUCUGAUAGGUCACCCCAGUGGUUCGGAGCAUACGCAGCAGACCAGUAGAUCAAUGAGCCCAGAUGCAAACUCCACCACUUCCAGCUCCUGUACUUACGCUAGCACAGGUUACAACAGUCAGGCAGGGGGGAGCUCUAUGCUUCAGAGGUCCACCAACCCAAUGUCAUACUCCUACCCAGUACCCAAUGGCCAUCUGCCAAUCAAUCAGAAUUCAUACACACACAGCAACGCGCAGCUGUUUGGCACGUCUAGCAGAAUACCCAUGCCCACCUCACCUGUGAUGAAUACUGAUAGUAUGGACUUCUAUGGCAGGAUGUCUCCUGGACAGUACACUUCAUUGACUGCCUACAAUAGUAACGGGCAGCUGGCAGGUACAAAUGCCUACCUAAGGCAUGCCACCUACUCAGGGAACAUGGAUAGGUUUGUGCCUGCAGUGUGA